GCUCUAACUGUACGGUUGGUAGAAGUGAGUCUAGUCACUUUUAUACUGAUACUGAAGAGUGCCAGAGAUGUUAAAAAGUGUCUAAUAGAAAAUGUCACAUUAUUUUCGCAAUAGGUGAUCGUAUAUCCUGCAAGCAAGGAAUCGCUUUCACAGUGUGAUUCCGCGCAUGUGCUGCGAUUAUUACCAACUCAAAUAUAGUAAUCUCUACAUCCGCCCGCUAUUUUCAAAAAUACACGAAAAUAAUACAUAUCAUACAAGAAUCACGAAUAACUAUCGAGAUUUGCGUAUCACAGAUCAAUAUGCCGAAGAAAUUUGUGGGUGAGAAUAGUAAGGCGGUUGCCGCCCGAGCUAGAAAAGCAGCAGCUAAAGAAGCCGAAAAUAUAAAAAAAGCGAUGGAAGCUGAAGAUAAGGCCUGGGAAGAUAAUAGUAAACAGAUGUUGAAGAAAAAACAAAAACAAGAAGAACUUGAGAAGAAACGUCAACAGCAAGUAGAAAAAAAGGCGGAAGCUAAAGCUUUGCUUGAAAAGGAAAUGGCAAAUAUAAAAGUCGGUGGCAAACAACCAGCAUCCAAAGUUACUAGAGCUGAAAUUGUUACUAUCACCGAGAAACGAAAUCAAGUGGCUAUGAUGAAAAAAGAGGAGGAGAAACCAAUAGAAGAAAAUUUAAAUAGAUUAACUUUGGAAGCUGAAACAGCUCACGGUAUAGAUGAAGCUAUAUCUAUUUUAAGUACAAAAGAUCCCGACAUUGACCGACAUCCGGAGAAACGGAUGAAAGCAGCAUAUGCGACUUUCGAGGAAAAAAUGAUGCCGGUGAUUAAAGAACAAAAUCCUACUUUGAGAUUGAGUCAGUUGAAACAGAUACUUAGAAAAGAGUGGAUAAAAUCACCUGAGAAUCCGCUUAAUCAGAAAUGAUUGAAUAAAUGAUAAUGAUAUCAAACAAUAAUGAUAUCAAAAGACGCGCUCGGUACGUACUUGCGCACACCACUGACUGAUUAAUUAUUUAAUCUCUAAAUGUUAAAUUUGGUUAUUAAAUAACAAUUACACUGCAGCAAUAUAAUCAGCUGUAUACAAUUUUAUUUGUAAAAACGAAUAACUUAUAUUAAAAAAUACUAUCUAUGAAAUAACGAUAUAUAUAAACGA